AUGGCGGAUUGGAAUAGGGAUAAAACAGAAUUAUUGGAUAAAUGUAUGUUGGCGAUGAAGGAGGAUUUGGCUCCAUGGAUGUCGCGUAUAUCUGGCUCGGAGAUAACGGUAGAGACGUUGAUGGAAGAUCUCGAUACAGGAGUGGUAUUGUGUAGGCUAGCUAACGUGAUCCAGAACACAGGAGAAGAAUUCCUUCACCGGCACUCGUUUAUUCCUCGAAAUAACUUUCCUCCUUGCGGAGUAACGUACAAAGAGAGAACAGGUUUCCACGGUUCAUUUAUCGCCAGGGAUAACGUGGCAAAUUUUAUUCGCUGGUGUCGAGAGUUGGGAGUAUCGGAUGUGAUAAUGUUUGAGACGGAAGACCUUGUUCUUCACAAGAACGAGAAAUCUGUUAUUUUGACCCUUAUGGAAAUGGCGCGCUUGAGCGUAAAAUUCGGACUUGAACCGCCGGAUUUGGUCCGAAUGGAGAACGAGAUAGACGAAGAAAUAAAACAGCAACCAGAGGAGGUUAUAGCGGAACCGGUGAUUCGUUUACAGAGGAAGAAUAAAUCGCACAGUCUAGAUGAUUUGGUGAGUAAAAGGACGUCUAUCGAUUAGUUCGAAAAUAAAAUGUCAAUAGAUUAUCGCGCUCGUGUUGAAUGAUGAAGUGAAAUAUACACAUAACGACAAAAAAUCGCAGUAUGAAAUAAUAUACCCCCAUAGUCGAAAAACUGUACAAAAUUCGCUAUACUACCAUUAUUCAAAUUAGGCACGUCUGACAGAUUGAUUUUUCCUAUUUCAAAGAGUUUUCAUUAUCGUCAUAUUGUGCUUUGCUUACUCUCCUUGUUUGCAUUACAAAACGAGUAACUUCACGCGCUAGCCAUUGAUGUUUCUGAUUUUUCCUUCAACUGUGUAUCAAAUCACCUCGAGCUAUUGCCAAAAAAAAAAAAAAAAAAACCAACGCAGAGUAGUCAAUAGUUUACCAAGGUCUUAGUCGUAAUAUUUUUAGAAUCUAUAACAUUGUUUUAAUUUUCCCUGUAUUAAUACGUAUGUAACUACAUUACAAAAGGAUUCGAAUCAUUCAUCUGAAAAAAAAAGCUAACAUACGAUUUUUACCGAAAUAGGAAAGUAAUAAAGUGUGUUGUGAUCGACGAAAUGGAAAGGGCACAGGUUUACAUCAGAUCAUAUUUAAAUACGCUGUAAUCUUGUCAUAAAAAAAACUGAAUUAUUUUGGAGCUGUUUAGCAUGAGGAUCGAAUGUUAAUUUUACCAUUAUUGAACGUUGCAUGUGUUUUUCAUUUCAAAUUUCUUUUUUUUUUUCUACAGGAAAGUUAAGUAGCUAUCGUAGGUUGUAGUUUUAAGACCAUGUUCUUUUUCUGUUUAAUCCUCACAAAAAGGAAGACAAAGUCCUUGUGAUUUUUAACAGUGAAGGUGAAAAUCGUAGCUGUGAGUCGUUUUAAGCUUAUUAUGGAGAACGUGCGCAGGUUCUUAAUAUAUCGUAGCAACAGCGAGGGGGUAACACGCGACUGAUUCACUGAGACGUAAAUGUACAAAGUUUCUCCUUGUUGCAUUUUUAGGCUUAGAAAAAUUAUACGCUUCUAAUGAAAAACUCUGAACCGAAGAAAUUCAUUUGAAAUUGAGCAAAUAAAUCAUAUUUUAUGCUGUAAAUAGGUUUGACCAUUCUCGCACUUUCUAUAAGAAAUUAAUCACCCACCUUUCAUAAUUUGGAACAUUAUCGUUAAUUUCAAUCUUUUUUCAACAAAACUGAAAUAUUUUUGGAACAUCACCAUUACGUUCCUUUCGAAUUGAAUUUUUAACGCUUUCAAGCUGGAUGAAAACGUGGAAUUAGAUCCAAAAGUUUAUAGGAAACAUUAAUGAUUACAUUUUGCUAUCACGUUCUCGUAUUUAAAUUUGCUUCUGAAAUCCGAGUAAUAUUAGCUCCUUGUGUCUGAUCGGAAUGCUAAGAAAUCAUGAGCAGUACCCUCUUAGGUGCGGUGAAUUUUCUAAGGCGGAAAAGAUAUGGGAGAAGAAAGAAAACUUCGGUUGCAUAUUUUGAUUUUAAUGUUAUGUUUCCAUGGCGUGUUUGCGGGUCCAAACAUCCAAUGUUUUUUCUGCCACUUCACAUGAUAGUUCUAAUGCAUUAAAACAUCCCCAAUAAUACAACCUUGCAUAUGUCUUUAUAAUUUCAGUAAUCGCCACCUCUCAAUGGACAUUUUUUAGCUUUAUGACGAAUAAUUUGUACACUUUUGAUCAUCUGCAAAACGGCUUGGAACUUGAUUUUCAGAAUUUAAAGGACAAAAUUCAUGCUUGGUUUGGUAUAACGAAAUAAUCCGCCUCCUCGAUCGGUGUUGACAUUUAAGUUCGUUAAAAUCCGUUUGUGCUAAUCCAUUGAUCCCUUUACAGGUUUUUCAACACCAGUUCUAAACACAAAUUAAAUUAGGUGGUCGGAGGGUGCGUCUCCGUCAUUUGAAUUCCGUAAAUAACUAGACUAAAAUUAGGUUUGAAUCGCUAUCGACUUUGCAACCUGGAGUGGACAAAUCAUUUUCAUAAUUUAUCCACUCAAAAACAUUUUCUUUCGUAGGCAAACAAGCUCUUCAAGGAUUUCGGACUCUCUUUAUUACUAACAUAUGCCUCCCUUGUUGUUUACACUGGUUAUUGCCUUUAUCUUUUGUGAAUCUUAAGCUUUUUCAUACGCGGUUUUUAGGUCCUUUUAUAACACAUGCCCAAAAACGUGUUGCUUUGGAACUCUAACGGGCGAAUAUGAAAUUUAAUCUGUUAAUUCAGCUAGAAUCUCCACCAAAUCAGUCUUAAUCAAAAAUGAAACGUGUUGAAAAAUUAGAUUUUUUUCUUGUGGUAAAUUUUCAUUUCGAAUCGUUGCUUGGGAGCCUUGUUGCUGACGUGGGUAACACGCUAACUGAGUGGUACUGCAGGUGUAUUUUGGUUUUACUUUACAAACUCUCGUGGGUGUUUUCUUUAGCGUGCCGAAAACAUCAGGAUUAUUCCGAAAAAUUAUGCAUGAUCAGAAGUCCUGUUUUUUUUCUAACCAGCCAAACAGUAAUCACAAAGAAGGAGGAGAACAUAUUUACGAAAAGUCUCAAAGAAAAAUGAAGUCGUAUUAACCUGUAUUCUUUGGUUUUAAUAUAUCUAUUUAGGAAAAGGGAUAUUUACAACAUGUCAUGCGUCAGUGUUUCAAAAUUUGUAAUGUUUCAUUUUCAUAAAUUGUUGUUUUUCCAAAAAUGUAUCCUUGACGAAACAGAAACUAGGCGCCUUUCCGUUUUGUAAAGUCUCUCAAAUGACAAUAAUCUUGAACUUAAACUAUUGUAGUAAGGUUCACCCUGUAUUAACCACAUACGUCACGUGACGAAUCCUCAUUUUGUACGUGAGAAUAUGAAUUUGUGUCAGAGUGGAAUUUUGUACCUCUGUCUAUAGAGUUGCACCAGUGUGCGCGAAAGAAAGUUUUUGGAUUAGGCAAGAAACGAAACUUGAUAAAUAAUCCUGAGUAUUUGAAUAUUCAAGCUAAUUGAAAACAUAAUUGUUUGCAUCCAGACGCCGUAGAGUCUCGAUCGAUUAUACACUCAAGCUAUCUUUAGUUCUUGAAUAUCACGAUACAAAUUAGUUAACGGCCAGUUAUUAUCCAUAUUAUGCCACGAUAAGCAAACACAUCUUUUAUAUUUAAGCUUUUAGCGGCAGUCACUCUAAAUGGCAGACAAUUUCCUCUCACUCAACCUGUUAGUCAUGCUGAAUUGUCUUAGCUUGCUUUGUUUAAUCUUUUACCUGCAUUAGGGUAUAUUUGCACAUCAGCUAGGUGUGGAGGAUAAGAAACAUUUUAAAAUUCCUCUUUAAACUUUCGCUAGAAGAUAAAUUGAAAGGAGUUGAAUCAAGACUUUGGACUUGGAUUUUUAGAAACCAAAGAGAGGUUGAAGGGCCUUUGACGAGAUGCCAAUAUUUUGUUUAGUUGUCUAUAUUCUUCACCAUAACUUAUUGUGAAUCAAUCAAGCGAUCACUCACGCGAUAUAAAUCAUGAAUUCAAUACCUCAUUUUAAUUCAAUAUCUAUUUGGAACUUUAAUUGGUUAUUUGAAUUGUUAAACCUUAGUCUUGUUGGUGUUUUUUUUUGUCUGCCUUAGAAGGCAUCUCUCAAGGGGCAUAUUUCAAGUAUUUUACCAUUAUUUUUCUGAGAUGACACUGUCCAAAGCAAAUAUAUUAUCUUUAAUUGUAAAACUGCACAUUUGCAUAUAAAUUUUCGAUCAUUUUCCGAGUGUGAGAAUAUUUCCUUGUUACGAAUUUUGUUUUCCAUACGUGCUCAGUUUGCGAUGUUCAUUACAGUGGCGGAUCUAGGGAAGGGGCCCGGGGGGACCCGGUCCCCCCUACCCCUUAUUUUGGGUGAAAAGGUAAGAAUCGCCGAAGGAAGAAAAGCCGGUAGGGCAGGGCAAGCGACCAAAAACCGCACCCCUCCUUUAGCUCAAGGUCUGGAUCCGCCACUGCAGUAUAUCAGCAAAAUUUCUCCUCUUAGUCAAGUUAAUUGUAAAACUGCACAUUUGCAUGUAAAUUUUCGAUCAUUUUCCGAGUGUGAGAAUAUUUCCUUGUUACGAAUUUUGUUUUCCAUACGUGCUCAGUUUGCGAUGUUCAGUACAGUGGCGGAUCCAGGGAAGGGGCCCGGGGGGACCCGGUCCCCCCCUACCCCUCAUUUUGGGUGAAAAGGUAAGAAUCGCCGAAGGAAGAAAAGCCGGUAGGGCAGGGCAAGCGACCAAAAACCGCACCCCUCCUUAGCUCAGGGUCUGGAUCCGCCACUGCAGUAUAUCAGCAAAAUUUCUCCUCUUAGUCAAGUUGAGUUGAUAACAAGACGCAUGAAAAGUGCCUCUUCAUGCGCACAAAAUUGAUCCUGGUUUUCGGUCUGAUUACCCUGAACAGGUUUACCAAGUAUUAGAGCAGUGCACAUGCCCUGUGCGGUACCCAGUGUUCCGUGUCGGGGAAGGAAAAUACAGAGUUGGCGAGGCAAAGUCACUCAUAUUCGUCAGGGUAAGGAAGAGCUGGAAUAUGACUGUAUUAAAAUAUAAAUAUAUGUAUAUACACGUGCAGAGGCGAACUAACAAUUAUUGCUUAGGCCAGGCCCUUCGCGUUCUUCUAAGUUGGGCACGGAAGCGAAAAAAAAAAUCUCUACACACAACAACAUGAUAUUUAAAAAACUGCUAAAAAGAAUUUUUUGGUCUUUAAAGUGUUUCUGUUUUAGUUGUGCUUUUUCUUUUAUUGUGUAUUUGUCCUCAUCGAAAAACAUGACCUGCGUGAAUUUCUCUAGUUAUCGAAUGCAACUCCUGUUUCUGGUGUGUGUCUGAUACAAUGAGAUUUUUAGAAAAUACAUCAUUGGUCCGAAAGAUAGCUGCAGCUCGAGCGUUCCGAUUUUAUGUCUUGUCAGGUCAUGCGCAAGCACGUAAUGGUUCGAGUUGGCGGGGGUUGGGAUACUCUGGAGAGAUAUUUCGAGAAACACGAUCCAUGUAAAAUAACAGGUAGGGUGAUUAAGAAAAUAUUGCUAUCAAAAUAUUGUUAGAAUAUUGCUGAAUCAUUAAAUCUAUCGGAUUGCUACCAGGAUUUUCCUGACUAUUUUUAUUAAGCGACUAUUCUCUGAGACAUUUUGGAUACUUGAAUAAUUGACGAAGAUCCAAUGGUUCCAUUCAAAGACGAAGAAGGAAGAAAUAUUUUCAGGAAAUACUGCAGCGCUCUGAUUCUCCUUUCAAGGAAUCUAUCUGACACAGUGAUUCGAUAUUGAAGAAAUUUUGAUUUUAAUUUUUGGAGGAUAUUUUUUAAAACUUCCCUUUUGAAAGGUGCUUACCAGCCCAUCAUUUCUGUAAAAUCGCACGGCUCACAAUGCUUUAUCUGUUUCCCAUCGCUGGGUCGGAUCAACUGUCCUAACUGUGUGGAAAAUUGAUAAACUGUUCAAUUUCCCCCAAUAAUUUCUUGUUUCCCUUUUAUUUUACCCUCAAACUAUAGAGAGACAGAGGAGAAACUCCGUUAAAUCUCCUCGGUCGCGUAGUGGAAGCGAUGUGAUGGGCAGAUCGCCAAGCUCUAUGAGUUUAUCCAGUUCAGACAGCCACGAUUCAUGUGGUCUGCCUGUGUCUCACGGACGCGCCCAGUCAUGGAGUUCUCCUCAGAACACUUCCUCACAGGUUUGUUCUCGAAAAUCAUCAGUAAAGUUUCGCUCGUUGUACAGCAUUAUAAUUACAAGUUCCUGAUCAUCGUCAUUGGAGCUCACUUAAAUGAGAACGGAGAGGAAAGACUAAAAGCCUAAACUCGUUAAAGAUCUAUUCAUUUUUAUACAAUGAGUACUAAACAAAAAUAGGCAAAUUUCGGACAACGUUUGGCAAUACAUUUGUUUGUGUUGUUUUUACUUAGUGAGUGUCCUGAAAUCGUGAUGAAUAUAUGAACAUCAAAUUUAUUUUGUUUAAUGGUAAACUAUAUACUAGAAAACAGUGAGGUUUUUAGACCCUGAAAAUUUUCAUAGAAAAGAAGAUAUGGAAAUUAUUAUCAAUUCAAAGGCACUUUUUGAAGGUAACUUGAGGCGCAAUUAUUUUUAAAUGAAAUAUAUAGUUAAAAUUCCGCUAUAAUGACCAAGCCGGUCUCCGUGGCGCAAUCGGUUAGCGCGUUCGGCUGUUAACCGAAAGGUUGGUGGUUCAAGCCCACCCGGGGACGAAUUCUUUUUCCUUAAUUAUCUUAUGACGUUUCUUUUUUUCUUAUUUCUUUUCUGUUCUUUGGUGGGGAUGAAAGUAAACCAAGUUUUUUAAACUUAAUCUAAUUUCUGUUAUUCGUGGAAGAGGAAAAAAUUUUACUAUCGCUUUGUGGGUGCAGUCGUUAGCGGUUCAAACGCCGGUUCAUGAAAAUUCCCGUGAUUAUGAAAAAAAAAAUUAAGACAGCAAAGCAAUCUUAAUUCCCGUCAAUUCAUCCGAGCUUUGGAAAAGAUUUUUCAACGACGCGGCAAUGAAUUACAGCUGUGCAGGUCACUACAGGUUUUGGACCGCGAUCAUGACAAAAUCUAGAAUGCCUUGUACAAACAUUCCACUCAAAUAACCUGUUUUCUCCACAAAUUCUACUCGAGGCAUUCUUUAUUGAACACUCAAAUGAUACACCAUUUUAUUAGGAAAAAUGUUUGGCGCUGCCGGUUGUGCAAGGGUAGCUAUUUAUUCAUAAUGGAUUAAAUAUAGCAAUUACACCCUAUAUAGGGCGUGGUGGCCCUGUGGCCCAAUGGAUAAGGCAUCUGACUACGAAUCAGGGGAUUCCAGGUUCGAGUCCUGGCAGGGUCGUUUUUUUACAAGGGUAUAGUUUUCUUUUAAUUUCAUUUCUCAGCCCUAACAUGUCAAUUUUUACGUCCUUUCUCGGUUUGAACGCAAAAAAAUAUGUAUAUAGAUAUAUAUAUUACAUCGAUUCUCUAGAUCGGGGAAUUUUUGGACAAAAUUUCGGCAGUUUACGAUACGAUUUUAUUUUAGAAAGGAGUUGACUCGGAAAAGUAGCCAUAGCUUCAUUUUAUGAUAGUGUCUCCCUGUUGGUUCACGUGGUAUUGUGGGGGAAAAAAAACCCCACUUCUACUUUCAAGUUAAAGUUAACUUUAUUCGAAAAUUCUCGAUUUCGUGGUAAUGAAAAUAAUAAUGGUGAUAGUGAAAAGGAUAAAUAUAAAAUUUACAUGCCAAAAGCAUAUUUCAUAUCCAGGUACAAAUAACUUAAAACAUAGUAAAAUAAUAUUUCCAACAGACUUACGAGGUUAAGAUGCGAUCAUAAGCUAAAGCUAAAAAUCAGUUCCAUAUUAAAAUGUAACGCUUGAAAGUGAUCAAAAGCUCAUCAUAGACUGUGAAAACGUAACUUGACCUAUGGUAAUGUUCCCCAAAAAACCUUUCUGAAUAUUCACGAUACACAUUGGGUAGAAAGGGAGGCGGAAUUAAAUCAGAAAAACUCCUGCAACGAUAACAUUCAAUCUAUAUCAUCUAAGACUUCAUUUGCGUUACGAAAUGGUGUUCAAGAAUCCAGAGCCUCUGGCAUUCAUGCACUGAUCUAAAAACCUCAAACUUCACCUUAUCCGUGAGAUCAUUGCUGCAUAGGGUUCUCCGCUAUUCUUUGACAGCUUCUCUAUUCGGUUUCGUAGGAACAUCUGACACUCAAUAAUAAUAACAAUAAUAUUUGUUAUCAUAUUAAUUAUUUUGUGAUCAUAUUAUGUUAUUACUUCUUUUGUUUAACGACAAUCUUCCUUAAAUUUUGGGCAAAGGUAAAUUAGGGCCCUGAUGGCCCUUCAAAUUAACACAUAGAUUCCAAGUUGCCGUGGUCUGUUCAGUAAUAGAUCACAGAUGACGUCAAAAUGUGGUAAGAACAAAAAAGUGGCACACGAGGCGCAGCCGAGUGUGUCACUGAGUGUGUCACUGGUGUGUCACUAUUCUUUUUGUUUUAGAUAAUAAAGAAUUAAAAUAUAAGGAAAAAAGUUUUAAUGAUGACGUCAUCUAUACGUCUGUCCUCCAAUAAAUCAUAAGUGGGAACCAAUCAGAAUGCGUGCAUAACUGAGCUUAUUAUAUAAUGGAAGAUCGAUACUUAGUGAUUUUUAUAGCUCCUGAUUGGCACAGGCAGCAUCUUUAAAAAAAUAUGACCCGUUACAGCGUUGUGAUACUUACCAAGGCCGUGAUUUGUUUAUAGCUAAAGAGUCCACGAGAUCCUGUGAGACAAGUUACUAGCAGGUCUCCCUCCAGAAGCCCUUCACCUUCAAGUUCUCCAAGGCUGCAGCCGCGUCAAAGACGAGACACAUUAUCACGUGACACACCGCCCAGAACCAUCGAUACACAGGCCCGUGGGCGGCUGACAAGAAAAAGCAAAAGCAUGCAAGAAUUAAACCUUAGUCCUUCUUAUUACAAACCGACUUCGUCAUCCAUACGAAGGCAAAGUGUAACAGCAAGUGACAGCGCAUCCAAGGGGGCAAAUGCCCCUGAACAAUCUCGCAAAAAAAGCGUUGCAACCACUCCCCGAAAAUCAUCCAUAACCAGGGCACGAGGUGAAUCUCCUAGCGCUAGAAGUCGCUUAAGCCAGAGUGGCCCUGUUGACUCUCAAAGGCCGAGGUCUGCUGGGGUGGGAGUAUCUAGAAGCGCCUCCUUCGGCUCUAGACCACGCACCUUGAUACCUGUAAUGGAACCUCGCUCUAAAACUAUGGCCAGCUCACAGCCAGCAAGGGAAACGCAGAGACGGGGGUCCUCUGCCAUACCCGGAAGAGCUGAUAAUAGGGGUAAGUUAAAGUUUUGAAGUAUAGGCGGGGUAUGAAAACCUGCUUAAAAUGUUCCCCUCUUCACUCGAUGAUUAUUGUCACGUAAGAGAAAGGUUACCUGAUUCCCAGAUAACUCACAUGGCUACUUUCCUUACACAGAGGAAACACAAAAGAGGGAGCUUAGUGCUAGGCGCCGAUCAUCUUCAGUUGCAACAGUUGGAAAGGCUCGGUCACCUAGCUCACCUAAGCCUGCGCAGAGGUCAGCGGAAGAAAAACAAGAGAGGAGAGGGAAGCCCAUUACAUCGAAGAUACCCAGCCACCAGCACAAACCAGAUCAGCAGGCCACUAGAAAAAUAUCAACAGGAAGUACACAUAGGACUUUGCCAUCCACACCGAGGGAAAGAAAGCCUUCCACGGCACGCGAGAGUGGCUUUCAAGCUAAUGGCAUUAAAGCAGAUCCAAAAGGCGGGCAGGUGAAAGACAGAGGAAAACUUCAGCCAACGCCGCCUUCUCCUCGAAAGGAGCUUGUAAGUAAACCAGCCAUUAAAGAUUAUAACAACGGGAAGGCGACAAAAAAGAUCACGAAAAAAACUCGUGAGGAGAAAAAGGGAAGGGAACUUGGAGGUGUGCGAAAUGAAAAAGAUGAAAUUGAGGACGACCAGUUGAGUAAUACAGCAUUUGAAGAUAGCACCCCUGUUGUUAAUGAUGGUGAACUAAAUGGGCAACAUGAUAAUUCAAGUGAACAUUUUAAGGCGAUCGAUGGAAGUUCUCUUGCAAGAGAUAUCUCCUCGCCAGAUGAAAGGCCUUUUGAAAAUCUUUCUGUGAAUGGAAAGCGGGAAAUGUUAGAAUGUUCUUUCGAGACUGACAGUGAUGUCACCAGCGACCUUUUAAGCGACUUGACCGACAUCGAUUACGAUCUGAGGAGUCAGCGCUACUCAGGUCUCUCCGAAGCGUCAAGUGACCUCUCAUUUGGGACCAGUCCUGCUUCUAGAUUAUUUUACUCGGUAGACCUGGAACGGAAUACCUUGGAAACCACUAUGGAGCCAGAGAACUCGCAAUCAGGACACUCUCAGCAGUCACUCAGAGAUUGCCUGUUCAAUUUGAAUCUACAAGGCUCGGUGACUCCCACAAUGAAAAGGCGCAUUUUUGAGGAUGCAUCUGCAAAAGACACCUGCGAAGAGCCUCCAGACAAAGUGGAUGGACCGUUGUUACAACCUCAGGACAAAGCUAUGUUCUUUGAUGUCGAGAAGUCACGCAAUGACCGAUCUCCAGAUGAAGAAGACUCCACUAGUGGGUCUCCUAAAAGGUGGUCACUCGUCCAGUCCCUCAUAAGUAGUAUCGAAAAACGAGGUAGUAAUAAAAAUGAUUCUCCCAGAGGAAAAAAGAAUUUUGCAGCGGUUGGCAAAACUUCUUACGUCAUCAGCGCUGGUAAACACAAAUUAGACAAAUCAACGGUCGGCGUGCAGUUGGACAAGGGUAAUUACCAGGCCCCUCGCGUCAGGUCUCCAUCACCCGACGAGCUUAUCAAGGUAAUAAUUAUAUAGUUGAUGAUUCAAUUACUCAGUUUAUGAUUUCCCUAAACUGCUUUAGACCUUCUAUGCAAUAAAGGAAGUCAUAGACGGGACAGCUUAGGAUAGGAUGUGUAUAAUUUUGCGUUUUUCGAUAUUCUGCAUCGUAGAUCGUGCUGUUUGCUGCCGCAAGUGACAGUAAAAAGCAAGCAAAAUAUUUUCGAGCAAUCCUAGAACAUUGAGAGAGGAAUCAUCCAUUUCUUAAAGAUCAGCCCUACCAAUUAUUGCGCUUGCAUUUACAAUGAAACAAAACUUUGCUUUAAGCAUUAAUCUAUCUGUUACAAAACUGUUAUUUUAGGACGGUUCUCCUGGAAACGAUGAAAUAGAAACUGAACAUUGCGUUAUCACACCUGAUGAAGAAAAUGACUCUCCGCGUGAUCAACCAGUGUAUGACAUCAACAAGAACGUCUCGAACUCAAACUCCCACGGAAGCGCCGAAAUCUUUACAAGUCCUAAACAGAUUCCGGGAGAGAAACCAUUCGAGAAUUCCAAUGUCAAAACGAGAAAGUCGUCAUCGACAUCAUCGUCGCGGGAGAAGAGAAGAAAAGAUCAAGAAAUCGAUGCGUUUCCACGACCUCAGCGUCAGUUUACUCUUGAGGAAAUGAUCGCAGAUAUGCUUCCUGCUGAUGGAGAGUUACAGGAGACUGGGGACCAGCGUGCGUUGUCACCCGAGCCUCGGUUUCAAGCCUGGUUAUAACUACGUUUGCUAUAAACUUAUUUCUAAAAGAAUAUUUCCAACAGGUGGUAGGCCAAAGUCUACUUUGAAAACUACUCGUUAAAGAUGCUGUGAGCUUUCACCACACUGCCCCAAUACUAGCCUUACAUGAAAAUUCUCGUUUUCGUAAUUCGUAAAUUUUUGUUUGACUUGCACCGUGAGGAAUGGGUUAGGAACGAAAGAAUUUUUGUCUCUUCUGGUCAGUUCCUAAUCUUUCCUAAUUUCGUAUGAAUUCUUCACUUAUAUCCUCUGAGUAUGGAAGAGGCUCGAGAGUUAAACAAUGGGUGGGUCCCCUGCGAACUUCAUAUUGGAAUUUAGGAACAAUACAAUAUUUUUAUCGACAUAAAUUAUUUCUUUUUAAAAAGCAGGAGGGUACCCAAGGAGGCUCCACUCUCGCCUCGCCUAGCCGCGCCCAUGAGUUCCUAAGAGACCAAUACGAAUGAAGAGUACCUCUAUUCAAGAACUGGCGUCUAACAUACUAACGGUAUUCGGAGAAAUCUUCGAUUCAACUCGGAACUUUUUUUGAACGAAUCCAAUGCUAAUAUGCUAAUAAUUUGUUUUUAGAGACAAGAGCAAGUUAAAAAUUUAACGGUCAAAAGGCGCAUAAAUUACUAUUAUAAUAAUUAGUCGUGGAAAAUACGACAUAUAGAAGAUUUUUAUUUCUUAAAUUGCUGAUCGCUGGAAUCGAGAAAAACAAACAUUUAAGGGUUUUAUAUAGUUUUAAAAUUUUAAUCUUAUUUCUAUUUUUGAAGAGUGUAUUGUUCUUAUCCUAAUCUCAUCUAAUUGACG